CAGCACCAGGUCAAUAGUUCACAGGAUACUCAUCUACAUUUACCAUUGAUUGGUCUUGAAAAUGGAAUUUUAAAAAUUUGUUUUUAAUUGAAUAAUUAUCAUCAUGCAUGAUUGCCUUGAUUUUUCUGAUUCUAGUUUCUAAAGCUUGUUUGAACUAAGAAUUAUUUGGUUUGAUUGUAAAGACUUCAAAAUCCGAAAUGUUUGGUAAUUUGAAGAGCAAGCUUGAAGGAGUAGCAGAUCUUAAAAAAUAUGCUGCUCCUCAAAACCUUGCCAAUUCAGUAAUAGGUUCUCGCCAACGUUCUGGCAGUCACACUCCUUCAAUUCCUGCCAGUCCUGCUGUUCCUGUAAAUCCAGGAACACUGGUCACCAAUGUAUUGUCCUCACAAAUCCAAGCAAAUGGAAGCAGGAAAGGUCCUCCAUCUUCUUUACCUAGUAUAUCUCACAGUCCCCUUUCAAAUUCAUCAUCUCGGUCACAUUCUCGGGAAGCUUCCUUAACAUCAUUGCCACUGUCUCCGGGUUUUUCACCAAUUCCUUCCCUAGAUGGCAAGGAUUCAACACCAAGAUCUGACAGUCCGAUGUCACCUACACCACCAACUCCUACUAAACAGCAGGACACUCUAGCUCGGGAGGUUGUGAAGCUAAGAGCUGCUUUAGAGCAGCAACAAGAUGCUCACCUUGCCAGAUUGUCUGCAAAGGAGACUGAAUGGAGGGGAAAAUGUAGCCAUCUUACAGAUAAGGUUUCUGAAAUACAAGAAGCACUUCAAAAAAAAGACAUUACUAUUUCAUCACUGCAGAAGGAGCUUGAUGCUUCCAAAGAACGAAAUGAAGAGCUGACAAAGCGCCUUCAAGAUGUGCAAGAAGACUGCGAUGAGCUUGAGGGACUCAGUGUACAAGAAGCUGCCAAAAUCAAACACAUGCUCCUGAACACAAGCACAGAGCUUGAGUCAGCUCGGUGUCAGCUGCGUGAGCGCGCUGUGACCCAGGCAGCUCUGGAGGCAGACCUACAGACAGCGCAGCACAAGAGCAGACAGCAAAUAACGCAGCUGCAGCACAAGGUCGAGCAGCUGCAGCAGGAGGUGCGCCACCUCGAGCAGUGUCGACAGCAGCAGCUCAGAACUAGCAGUGAUGACUGUGGCCUGAAAGAACUUCAAGAACAACACGCCGAUCGGGAAAAGUCUUUAUUAGACAAGGUUGAGGAGUGGCGCAGCAAAUGCAGCAGCCUGGAGGCAGAGCUGAGUGCAGAGCAGGCAGCUCGGCAGGAGGAGCUAAUGCAGCACCAGCAACACCAGCAGCAGUGCGGGCCUCAACUCGAGGCUGAACGCACCAAGCACGCUGCUGCAAUAUCUACUCUGCAGGCGGAGCACAGGAGCGAGGUGGACAGACUCCAGGAGCGGCUCAUCAAAGAGAAAGAGAAGACCUGCCAACGCGUCACCGAGGAGCGCGAGCGAGCCAAGAAGGAGGCCCUGCUGGAGGUUGAAAAGUGCAAGGAGGAAGUGAGGAAGGUGCAGGAAGAGUGCAGACUUAAAGAGAUAAGUUUUGAGGAGGAGCUCGUGAGGCAGAAGAAGGCAUUGGAAGAAGAGAAGCGAUGUGUCAUUGAAGAAAGAGACAAGGAGAAAGUCGCCGCGAAACAGAUGCAGCAGCAGCUCGCAGCGGCGCUGGCAGCACGGGACGCAGCGUGCCAGGAUGCAGAGGCAGCAAGAGGCGCCGCGCGCACGGCAGAGCAGCGCUACCAGCAGCUGCAGAAUCUCCUCGAGGAAGUACAGCAACAAAAACAAACGCAGGUCGCUGCUGAAAAGGCUAAAUCCGAGCGCCUGCAGUCAGCCCUGUCAGCUGAACGAGCUGAGAAGCAGAGCCUGGAAACUGCAAAGCUGGAGCUGGAAAACAAGCAGCAGGUGCUGCUGAGCGAGAAGACAAAGCUGUCGGAGCACCUGGACGAGUUCGCCGCCCGCGUCACGACGCUGCAGGGCGAGCGCGACGAGCAACUCCUGCACACGGCGCACCUCAGGGAGAGCCUCGAGCAGCUGCAGCAGCAGCUCAGGCAGUCCCAACAAAAGGCGGGAGAGUGGGAGAGCGACGCCCUCACCUCCUUGCAGGAAGAGCACGCCACCAGAGAGCAGGAGCUGCAGGCCACCGUGCAGCAGCUGCAGCAGGAGCUUCAGGAGAAGCAGCAGACCUUCAAGCUGCAGCAGCAGCGCAUAGCAGACAUGAAGAAGACCAUGCAGCGAGAGCUACGCAUCAGUCCUGAGCAGCAGACCGAGCAGACCACGAAUGCUGCCUCGCCGCAGCCCAGCAGACACACUACAUCUGAUAUGCCGAGGAGUCACUCGGCUGCGGUCCUCCCCUCCAGCAGCUACGUGACCCGCAGCAGCGCCGAGGUGCCCGCCUUUACCAAGGACGGCCUCGUGGACCCCAUCAACCUGGAGUACCUCAAGCACGUCGUGCUCAAGUUCAUCACCUCCAGGGAGUAUGAAGCGGUGCACCUGACGAAGGCGGUGGCGACAUUGCUGCACCUGACGCCUACGGAGCAGCAGCUGCUACAAGACACCCUCAACUGGCGCAUGUCCUGGUUUGGCCCCAAGCCUCAGCUCGGUAAAGGCCAGCAGGCGUACUGUAUACCGCCGUCCCACUAGCACCUGUUGCUUCUCUUCUUUAUACCUUUAAUGGAUGAUUGCGGGUUCAGGAAUUAGCGUUUUAAUUGGGUUGAUAACACAGGAAAAUAUUUUCUUCCUUCCUCUACCUUUAAAUUAAGGGAUGAUUGCGGGUUCAGGAAUUUGCGUUUAAAUCGCCUUGGUAAUGCAUGAAGAAAAUAAUCUGUUAUGUACAUGCUCGUGGAUUUGUAAUUCCUUGUGUGUAAUGGAAUAUCACUGCCCAUGCUUUUGAUAUUAGGAGAUAUGUCAUUUAUAAGCUCACGCUAUAGCAACGCUAUAACCAUCACACUAACUUUUUAUUGACAAUGAUGCUGUAAAAUUUUAUUCAUAAUAUUUUUCAUUUAACUCUUCACGCGAUAUCAAAGUGUUUAAUUUUGCAUCCUGAAGUCACCUCCACAUUCUAUUUCUCUGCAUGUAGGCUAAACAGGUUUAUUGGAUUGUAAAUAUUUUCUAUGCUAUAAUGAACUGCUUUAGUAAAUUCUUCUGAGAAAGAAUUCUUCCCUGUGAGACGAGUUAAUGAAAGGAAGAUACUUCAUAGAUGACUCAGAUUUUCUGAUUAAUUUUAUCGAAAUGAUCAUUUUUAAUUUGAAUUGCGUGAUCAUUGUGUACUGCGCCCCUAUGUUCCCCAUAUAUAAACAAAACGUGUCCAUAUUCAGUGUGAUUUUACGCGCUGUGAAUUUGCAAACCGGAUGCAUUCACCUCAAUUUCUUGUGAUGAUGUCUCCUGUAGGUCUUGUGGUAAUGGCCCGUACGAUGAGCACGGCGAUGUUCCUGCUUAUUAUGACCAGCGUAGCAAUACUCCAGCGUAUUAUGAUCAGCAUUACAAUUGUUAUGGCGCAUCAUGACUGGCAUAGCGAUAUUUCCAGCGUAUUAUGUCCUGACUAAUGAUCAUCCUAUUUUGUGAGACCUUCCUUUACAUGUAUAUUAUACUACUAUGUUUUUUUUUACACUAAAAUUCUUGAACGUUUGUCAAAAUUUUCCGCAAAAUCUACUUGUUUUGUGGCGUUAUUUAUUAGACAUGGUUGUUUGUAGUACCUUAAGUACAUAAUUCGACGAGUUAUGUUUCUAUUUGAAGACAUUCAAUGCAAGUUUUCUUGCUUGAUUAUGUAUUUUACAGCAGUGAUUAGAUCUGGUUAAAAUAUUUCCCAUUAUCUUCAUCCUGGAAAUAAAUAACCGCGCUAUGCAAGCACUGACUCGCUCCUAUGAACCCUGCAGGCAAUUUACAGGUAAAUUUUUCAACCUAUUCUUAUUAUUAACUUCGGUUCAUUGAACUCGGCGCCAUUUUCCAUGGACCUGAAUUGCCUGGCUAACAAUCAUUUCUAGACGCUUUCUGGCUCAAUACAAGGAAAAUAAGGGCGAAAUUUUCAUGACAAAGCUAUUGGGUAAAUUUUCUGUUGCAUGAUUUUUUAAACUGUGUGGUCUUCGUUUUCUUUUGGUUUGGUCAGCUAUACUUUCGUCUUACACAACUAGAGGAUAGUUUUCUUAUUUUAACACGAUAAUGAAGCAUCGAAAUCUUUUAGUUACUUUAAUGUUAGAGAAUAUUUCGUACUUCGUGAAAUAUUCUUAGUGAAUAUUGUGAAGUAAUAUUCAUGAUAGAUAAAAGGAGUGUGUUGUGAAUUACCUCAUUUCAGUCACCAGCGUCCCAUAGCCAAUAGGCACUUGACGUUGAAAUAACGUCGAUGAAACGUUAUAUCAACGAUGAAACGUUUCAUCGAGAUCAACACAUACGUAAUCAACGUCGUUCCAACGUCAUUCGCGAUAGACGCCUCUUGUGUGUCAGCCUAGUCGCUACUCAUAUGAAUUGUUCCGUUGAACUUUGCCUUGUACUUAUUGGCUUAAUGCGUUCAAUUUUACCUUAGAGUUCCAUAAUGUCAUUCUUGAACUGUGUUGAAUAGUACUGAAAUAUUGUUGUUAUUAUGACCAGUGGACGUUAAUUAUGUCUUUCUUGGCCUAACUGAUGCAUUGAGUACUUCAAGGCGGCAAUUUGUCUUGAUUUGUAGCAUUUUAACAUCUUGCUGUAUGUUCGUGAAUGUUGGGAUAUUUGUAUGUGACUUUACGAUCGAUCGUACCGCACUCACUACAUUAUUCUCUCUAAUAGAGAGCAUUGAUUCAUGUAUCAUUUAUUCCCUUCCUUUAUUCAACAGUUUUCUGAAAAUUUAGCGUUCAAUUUUUUUCAUCAUGUCCGCGAGAUUCCCUUCUAUUGAAUUGACUCUCCGUCAAGGUAACUGAUAAGUUUUUUUAAACGUCAGCACAAAAUCCUCGUAUCUAAGUGUGGACGGGACUGGCGUGACUGCACUAGCGAUAUAAUUGCAUUAGUUUCUCUGCCUACAGCGGACAACAAGUGAACACACGCGAGCCCGUCGGUGUCGUCCUCUGCUCCCUCUUCUCGUGCCUGGAGAUCUCGCUUUGCUUUACACUUCCCUAUCCUGCUCGGUACAACUCACGUCCAGUAUGUUUACUCUAUUUCUGCCGCUCUUAUAUACGAGUGAGAAAUAUAUACUGUCAUAAUAGUGAUGCACUUUUUGCCGAUGUCUGAGUCAUCCUGACCCAAGUUGGUGUGGCUAAAGGACGUGUCAAUGCUAUGUCCGCCCUCUGCUCAGCUGUGGGUGAAAAAGUGUGUUAUUAUUUGGACAACAUGAUCCAUUGUUUUUUUUUUUAGUUUACUCGUGUGAUGAUUUCUUGCCGUGUGGGUUACGCUGGGACUGUGCAGUAAAUUUGAGUGCUUGUCAUGACGUUCAUGUUCAAUUCAGAUGAUUACAUUUUUUACUGUACUGUGAAUUACUGUACCUACUGUACAUUUUACUGUGGAUUCAAUGUGGUUGAAUUUUAACACGUAGUAGGGUUCACUUCAUUAGCUGUUUUUAUUAUUUUUUCAAUAGCAGUCAGGAUAUGGCAUCUUGUGUUCUCCAAAACUCACUGGUGAGAAACAAUUAAUAAAAUUAUUCUGAUAGCACUCCAGUUAACAAUACAAAAAUUGUGAACUUGAUUGCUCUCAGUUUGCUUGGUAUAAAUUGCUCAAUAUUAUUCUAGGCAGCGGUGUCAGUUCUAGUAAUUAAUUACGCUAAUGAUGGAGCAAUGCUGCAUUGUCUUAUACCAUAUCUUAUGUUUAUUGUCCAGACUCUCCAACGCUCUUUGAGUGUUUAGAUUCUCUCUGAACAUCCUAUUCAAAAUUUUUAUUUCUGACGGAAACUUUUUUAUUGUUUGACUGGCGUUUGACAGCAGAUGGCGUCGUAGAGGAUAAAAACUUGCCUGACGAAGCAUUGUGUGUGCGUAGUUCACUUAGUCAUUAAGAAGCGUAGAUUGCAAGUUAUAUUUAAUUGCAAAAUACUGUCAUUUUUGUUGACUAUUACCUGAGUUUAUUUUGAAUGCAAAUAAUUUUUUUCCGUGUUGAAAAAUAUUUUAGUUUUAUCUGUGAAUAAAUUAAAGCUUUAUGCCUCAGUGAAGGUUAAUUACUAUGUUGAAAAUCGCAGUUUGCAUGUGAAUUAAUUUAGAAUAAUUCCAAGUCUUGCAUAACUGCGAGUUGAUAGAGGCAAUGAACUACCCAAUUAGAAUGCAUAGUUUACUAUUAUUUCACGGGCACAUAAAUAUGUUGCCGAAUAUUUGUUUAUAUGCGACAUUAAGAUUAAUUCUUUGUAGUUCAACACCUACAGCAUAAUUUCCAAUAAUUGCUUCAAACAACCGGUAAUGAGCUUUGAGGUUUUGCUAAAAGUCUAUUUCAUUCAAACAUAAUUAUUGUAAGUGAGCAGAUAACGCGUAAUUAACAUACCUGACCUCACAACGUUUAGUUACACGCGUCUUUGUCAUUCUGAAGUCCCAACAUCAUUAUUAACGUAUCAAUUCUCACUGCUUACUAGCCUCACAUCUAUGCGAGUGUUCUUUCGACGGAGUAUAUAUAUCUGUGUAAUAUGAUAGAUUUUUCUCUCAUAACAAUAAUUUGGUCCGUCAACUUUUUUUUGCGUGGUUUCUUUGCCUACUAGCAUUGCUUUUGCCCCGUGUUGUGUGUGUUUGAUGUCUCGGUUCUUAGGUCCCCUUGGGGGCGAGUCAUCUUCAAUUUGUCAUAUUUUUCGCUCUGUGAUCACGUGUUAUUUAUUGAGACCUUUAUUGAAUUCUGUCUCGUAAAACGUUACCUAUCGAACGUUGCAAGCAAUUGCUCAUCAAUUCAGGACUAAUUCAUUCUCAUCAUUUUCAACUGCCUCUUUUAAUUGUUUAUGAAAUUCUCAUUUUAUUCUAUACAUGAACGUAAGGUUCAUUCCAGUUAGUGACAAUUUUUAAAUGACACGCGCAGAAACGCAGACAACAAUUAACUUAUCUCGAGGUAAUGAAUCGGCCGAAGUUUGUGCA